GCUUGUCAUAGCUCAGUAUUCAAGUGCGCCACAUGGGAUAUGUAUUGCACCGUGUACUAAAGUUGACUUAACACCUUUUUUUUCAGUUAUGUGCAGGUGAAUGGUAUUUAGUGUUGUUUUUGUGAAAGAAAGCCAGAGAAGAAAAUUGAUGUGUGAAACACGAACUAUUUCUAAUAUAAUUCACAAUUUUCAGGAAAUGUAAAAGGAUGUGUUUACGAUUUAAAAAUUGACGUGUGAAUUAUUUUAUGAUGUGUGUUAUUGGUAACACGUGAGUUGACAGUCGAAAUCACGACGUGUAUUGGAUCGAGAGAUGGGGUGUGGUAUUUGUCAUUUUACCUGAAAAUCAUAUUUUAUUAUAAUUGGAAGACAUGCGGGGCGGUUUGAUAUUCAUCUGCACUGUAAUGAGUUUAUUAGUGCAGAAACUUGCAGCCGACUGUCAACAUAUGGACAAGUUUUAUAUGAAUCACACUCUUUGGUUGCCAGAUCUAUGUACAAUCUGCACUUGCCUGGAUCCUGUGUCUGUGUGUGAGAAUGUUCGCUGUCUAAAUCCAAACUGUUUUUACACAAAGGGAGAGUACCUUCAGAUCCCGCGUGAUGGUUGUUGUCCCGAGUGUGUGGGGACCUUAGCUCCCUGUCUUCAUCACUCAAAAACAUUCCCACACAACACUGACUGGUACCCCGAGCCUUGUUCCCACUGCACAUGUUGGAAUGGAGAAGUCACAUGUUCAGCUGUGGCCUGCCCCAGACAGACCUGUAAGCCCGGGACUGUGGCCCAGACCUUGCCCGGGCAGUGCUGCCCACAGUGUAUAGCAUCAGGAAGUUCCUGUUCGGUUGAUGAUGUAACGUAUGAUGAUGGACAGGAGUGGUCUCCCCUUCCCUGUACAAAGUGUGUAUGUCACGAUGGAACCUGGUCUUGUUUUCCUCAACAGUGCCCUCCCCUUGUUUGUCAACCAGGCCAGCAUAUAGAAAGAGGUCAGCAUUCUUGUUGUCCGGUUUGCAAAUCUCAGACGUGUUUGGAUGAAAACAAGCAAUACCAGAACAAUGAGGGUUGGCAGAAGAACAAUUGUACAUUUUGCUCCUGUCUUCAAGGCAAGACUGUAUGCAGAGAAAAAGACUGUGUAGACCCUAAGGAGCUGGAAUGUGGCAAGAGUGAGAGGAAGGUCAGACGGCCAGGGGACUGUUGUAUUGAGUGUGUCAGUAGACAAGCUUCCUGUAAGUCUGAGGUACCUGUCCGUUACCAUGGAGAUGUGUGGAACAUAUCAGCAUGUGAAUUCUGUUUGUGUGAAAAUGGUCAAGUUCAAUGUCACAAAGCCAUGUGUGAACCACUUAUCUGUGAAUUGUAUGAAACCAAAGUGCACUUGGAUGGAAAAUGUUGUCCUGAAUGUAUGGAACAACCUAGGUGUUAUUCAAAUGGAGACAUAUUUCUGGAUGGUGACACAUGGUAUCCUGAUCCCUGCUCUAUCUGUAGCUGUAAGGAUGGACACAUAACAUGUUACCACAAGCCCUGCCCAGUGUGUCCAGAUGGACAGGUGUCAGUCAUCCACCAGGGGGAGUGCUGUGGAACCUGUAAACCAUUGCAGUGUAAUGAGGCCUGUUCUGUUUGUCGUCCUGACAAUCCAAACUUCUGCCUGGCCUGUAAACAGCCAGGACUUCAUCUACAAAAUGGAACGUGUGUAACCAGCUGCCAGGAGAAUUUCUACGUCACCAGGGAUGGGAAAUGUGGAGAAUGCCAUGAGACAUGUGCCAGCUGUACUGAUGGUACCCAGCAUCACUGUGUACAGUGUAGACCAGGCCUGUUGUGGAGAAAUGGACAAUGUGUAUCCAGGUGUGGAUCCAACUUCUACCUGGAUGGGGGGCAGUGUCGGGCCUGCCACCCACUCUGCCAGGAGUGUCUUGGUCCCAGAAAAAACAGCUGUUUGUCCUGUACCAUUCCCGGUCAAGUUCUAAUGGCUGGACAGUGUGUCAGUAACUGUGGGCCUCAGUAUUAUGUCAGUGAUGGAAAGUGCUUAGCUUGCCAGGCUACCUGCUCUAGUUGUUCCAGUGAUGGGAGGUUCUGUACUAACUGUUCACAGUCCCUGGUCCUACACAAGGGUCAGUGUGUCACCAGCUGUCCCUGGAGUUACUUCGUCUCCAGUGAAAAGGUGUGCACAGCUUGUCAUCCGAGCUGCAAGAAGUGUAGCGGACCUCUGGAGAUGGAUUGCCUCUCAUGCAUAGAUGGGUCUAUACCCAGUGACAAAGGGCUCUGUCAGGGUGCCUGCACAGAUGGGGAAUACCCGGACUCAAACGGAAACUGUCAAAAAUGUGAGACAGGCUGUGCCAGGUGUCGGUCUGCUGAGAAUGGGAAGGGGAGCGUCUGUUUGAAGUGUCCCCAACCAAUGAUGGCCUUUGAUAACAUUUGUGUACGAAAAUGUCCGAUUGGCCACUACAAUCAGAGUUUUGUAUGCCAAAAGUGUAGCAGUGGAUGUGUGGAGUGUCUCUCACCCGCCCAGUGUACAAUGUGUGGCCCCUCCCUCCUCCUCUCCUCCGGGGCGUGUGUCCUCCAUUGUGCACAUACACAAACCAUUGAUCCAUUCCAUAGUGUCUGCAGAGACUGUCCUGUGAAUUGCCUUACUUGUUCCUCACCUGAUGAGUGUAUGCAGUGUGAUGUGACAGCCUAUCUAAAAAUGGGAAUCUGUGUCUCCGCUUGUGGUUCAGGUUUCUAUCAGAAUCCAGUCACCAGGCAAUGUACAGUCAAUCAGCAUAGACCAACUCUGCAGAUUAUUGGACAAAUCAAAGUGGAACAAGGUGGAAUAACCAGUAUACCAGCUGACAUCUUUUCCUUGUCUGACACGGAGACUUCAAAAGACGACCUCCAGUUAGUGGUAACACAGCCGACAAAUAUAGGAGAGCUAGUCAAGGCUGUCCAGGGGAAGGAUGAAAUGGUGAAAUCUGGGGAGGCUUUUUCUUUAGCUGAUCUGGAAACUGGAAAGAUCCGCUUUAUUCAUAAUGCUAGUGCUGGUAGGAAUGGUAAAAUUGUAUUGAGAGUAAGUGAUGGUCAAUUGUAUAGCGAAGACAGGGCACUCUAUAUUCUGGUUAUUCCUAAAAAUCCACCGUUCUUAUGGCUGCAUGAACCAUUACUGGCAUUUCUUGAUAAUGAAACCACCAUUGGACCACAUCAAGUAGAUAUCCGAGUAGAUGGUCUCGAAGAUUCAGUUUCCAUCACUGUUUUGGGAGGACCAAAUCAUGGACAAAUUGUUAACAAAAAGCAUGAUGUACCUGUGUCAGAGGUCACUUUAAAGGAUUGGACCAAUGAAAAAUUAGCUUACAAAAUUGGGCAGACCAAAGCAACAUCUGACCAGGUGCUGUUUCAGAUAUUUGAUGGCUACCACUCUCUCAACUUCCUGCUAGAUAUCACCAUUAGGAAACAGGAAGAUGUGCUACCAUUGAUUAUACAGAAUAACAUGGGUCAUGUGAUCAAGGGUGAACUUCUUCAGCUAACACCGGAUCUUUUAAGUGCAAAGGUCAUGGAUACUAAUAAUGCACCUUCUGAUGAUAUCGUUUUCACGUUGUCACCUCCGAUUAACAACCCUAAAGAAGGUGAGUUGAUGAUGAUAGUGCAGCAGCCAUCCGAUGGACCCGGCAGGGGAUGGGAGGAUGUGGGAAAUGGUAAAAUGUCUGCCAAAAUGUUCCGCUUCCUUCAGAGGGACAUUAAUGAAGGGAGGAUCUGGUAUCAACACAUGGGAGCCUCUAAAGAUGCAGAUUUUUUCACAUUUGAGGUGUCGGACACGGCUAAACAGCCCAACGUGUUGCGUGACCAGGUGUUCCGCAUCCUUGUUACCGAGGAGGAAGUGACCACAGCUGUACCAACCCCAGCACCAGGAACUAAACUUGGAAUUUCGGUCUUGGAAAAUCAAGUUACCCCAAUCAGUAGUACAAAUCUAGCAUAUCAGGAUAGGGACACAGAAGAUGCAGAUAUCAUCUAUAGUAUUGUCCGAACCCUGGGCCAGGGGGAGGGGACAGUGGAAUAUGUGUCACAUCCAUUCACUCCCAUCACCAGAUUCUCUCAGGAAGAUAUCAACAAUAACAGGGUCGUAUACAGACCCCCAGCCAAAGAAUUAGGGGCUCAGGAGAGGGAAUUCUUUUUCAUCUUCACUGUCUCCGAUGGAACUGCCAACUCCACCAACGAGGACCGUUUCAUCAUUCGAGUCAUCCCUGUGAACAAUGAGCCUCCCAGGUUUGCCUAUCUGAAUGCUCCCAUACAGGUGUCCCAUGGAGGGAGUGUGCCUCUCGGACGGCAAGUCCUAGGGGUGGUGGAUCCUGAUACCUCGGUGGAGGAUCUAAGGUUUACUCUGAAAGUGAUGCCAAACCAUGGACAGAUGGAGAAAAUUUUAGACAAUAACAGAAUCUUUCUGAGACAAGGGGACACAUUUUCACACCACGAGAUCCAAACCAACUCGUUCCAGUACACCCAGGAUAAAUCAGACCCAUCACUGUCAGACCGACUAGAGAUAACGGUCACUGAUGGAGUCCAUCAAGUGACCACUCGAAUUCAUGUGUCCAUCAUCAGGGUAGACAACUCCGCUCCUAUACCAGUACCUACAGCUAGCUGUAGGGUGGUGGUUAAAGAAGGAGAUACAGUUGUCCUCAGGAAGACAGAGUUAGGUUUUAUGGAUGAAGAGGACAGCGAGGACAGACUGAGGAUUUCCCUCAAUUCCUACAUCGCUCACGGCUCCUUCAAAUACAAAUCAGCCAGGCUGUUACAGCGAGGCUCCUCUUUCACUCAACAAGAUGUUAAUGAUGGCUUUAUCAGCUAUACAGCGGACAAAGAGAUAGGCAUCCAGCCAAUCACAGAAGUCCUUUCAUUAAAUGUGACAGACAGCAGACAAAACCUGUUACCCAAUCAGGUGUUUUCUAUCGUUGUGGAACCAGUGGACAACCAACCACCCUCUGUUGUUGUUGGGGAGGAUAUCACGGUUCAAGAAGGUGGAACUGUAGCACUUUCCCUGAAGAAUAUCAAGGCCACUGAUGUUGACAGUUCUGUAAGCCAUCUUACAGUGCAGAUUUCUACAGGACCCAGCUUUGGUCAAAUAGUCUCCACAAAGACAGAAGUUUCCUCUGUGGUGGAGCAGGGCCCAGCCAUUGUUACUUCCUUCACGCUCCAGGACAUUGUGGAUGUAUAUAUCUACUAUGAGCAGAAAGACCACAGGAACAAAGAACCUGUGUGGGAUGGCUUCCUGUUUACUGUCACCGACGGCAAUAACACCACACCGGUUCACAGGCUCAAUAUUACAAUCACUUUGGAUAACGAUGAAGUGCCCUCUGUGAUAACUGAGCAGCUCUUUGUAAAGGAAGAUAACUCUGAAACCCUGACCAAUGCCUCACUUUAUAUUGUGGAUUUUGACACUCCUCCAAAAGAUCUCAUUAUAACUGUUGUUUCAGCACCUACACAAGGAACACUGGCUUUUAAAACAAAUUCAAGACAUCCUUCUCCCAUAAUGAAAGAGCUCUCAAAGGGGCACAGAUUUACUUAUCAGAAUGUCUUGGAUGAUGUGAUAGUGUACAGACACCUGGGAGGGAACAUCAAGAGUGACACCUGUGUACUUACGGUGUCGGAUGGAGACUUCCAGGUGGACGGAACCCUGAACAUAGUGAUAGGGAUAGUCAGUGAUGAGACUCCCAGGAUGUCAAUCAACAGGGGACUCCGGGUCAACACAGGAUCAAUUACAUUUAUUAAAUCCAAGGACCUGCAGUCUACUGAUAUUGACUCAGAAGAUUCCAUGUUACUGUACACCGUAACACAAGACACCACUGCAGGCCACCUACAGUUUGUCAAGGGAGGACACUCUGCACUGAUCUCCUCCAAAGGACCAAUCAAAACUUUCCUACAGUCAGACAUAAACAGUGGAUACAUUCAGUUUGUCCAUCAGGCAGGGGAGAUGACUGGGGUCGUGCUGUUCAAAUUUGAUGUGGAAGACAGCGAUAACAACAAACUGAUUGAUCAAGAUUUCUUCAUAACUAUUAUAGAGGACAGACACCCUCCUCAAGUUUUGGCCAACAGGGAUCUAAUUGUUAAGGAGGGCUCUAGUGCUCGGCUGACCUCGGACUUCCUGUCCUACACGGAUGUGGACUCGGAACCAGCUACACUGCAUUAUUUUCUGGUCUCUCCUCCCAGAUUGGGCCAUCUAGAAUUAACUGGAAACCCAGGUGUACCAGUUUCUGAGUUUACCCAGUCAGACUUGGCAGCAAACAGUGUGGUGUACUACCACACUAGUCCAGCUGAAGAUUACAUGGAUGCCUUUACAUACAUUGUCUCAGAUGGAACUAAUGAGGUGAGCCAAAAGUUCAUAAUAUCCGUGAGUCCAGUGGAUGAUGAGAUACCGCUGGUAAUAAACAAUGGACUGACGGUUCAGGAGGGUGUGAGGAAACUCGUGACUGAGUUUGAACUGAAGGCAGUGGAUCAGGAUACUGAGGAGAAACAGUUGCAGUUCAGCAUUGUAAAUCCUCCGAUCCAUGGCUCCCUCCAGAUAUCAGAUGGCAACGUGUUCCAGACAGUCUCUACCUUCACUAUGGCUGACAUCUACAACAGCAAAGUGAGUUAUCUACAUGAUGGCAGCGAGACACAGGCGGACCGCUUCUCCUUCACUGUCACUGAUGGCACCACGAAAAUGUUCUCCAUGCAGAGGGAUGGACGAAGAGGAGACAUCAGUGUGCCGUCUCCAAACCCACAAGAUUUUAACAUAGAAGUUCUUCCGCUUGAUGACGGUACCCCAGUCCUUCACACAAAUCUAGGUCUACAGUUCUUAGAAUUAUCAAAUGGACAGAUUGCAAACUUCAUCACAAAUAAGGAGUUGCUGGCAACGGAUGUAGACACACCCCCAAACAGACUUAUGUACCAUGUGACUCACCAGCCACGAUAUGGUCAACUGGAGAAGACUGAGACUCCAGGCAGACCUAUAGCACAGUUCUCACAAGUGGACGUGAAUAACCAGCUGAUUCGAUACGUGCUGACAGGAGAUGUGGCUGUUGCUCAGGAUGACUUCGUCUUCACCCUCAUGGACAGCAAGCCAAACAGAGUGACUGGAAACAAGUUCUACAUCACCUGGUCAUUCAUUGAGUUUGAUCAUCUUCUGCUUAAUGUUACAGAAACAGCAGGAAUUAUUCAAGUUCCUGUCAACAGGAAGGGCAAUUUAAAACAGUACUGUGUGGUAUCCUGUAGAACUAUUCCUGCGACAGCUACAUCUCAGUCUGUCUCCUCAAGGCCGGGCUCUCAGGACUUUGUGGAAAAGUCAGGACAGAUCCAGUUUGAAGAGUGGCAAGACUCAAAGAUGUGUAAUAUCAUCAUCAAUGAUGACUCCCUACACGAAGGAGCAGAGCUGUUUUAUGUGGAGAUCUAUCAACCCAUCUACACACUGCUGGGGAGGAGUAACAGAGCCACAGUAACUAUACUGGACCCUGAGGAUGAACCUCUGCUUCACUUCAAUCAGUCUGUAUACCACAUCAGGGAGAACGAUGUCUAUCUUCAUGCUGCUAUCACUAGAUCAGGUGACAUCAGUGACAGUGUGUCAGUGGUCUGUUACACUGUUCCACUGACAGCAAGAGGCAGCAGUGUGGACAGGCUCGAGUCGGGCUCGGACUUUAUUACCAGGGGACAUUCCAACAAAAAUAGAGUCAUCUUUCCUGCCGGGGUCAUCAGUGCUACAUGUAGUGUCAAGGUUAUAGACGACAGUAUCUUUGAGAACUCGGAGGAGUUUGAGCUUAGACUGACCGAUUCCUCCUACAAUGCCAAAAUAGGACUCCUGUCUUCUGCCACAGUCAUUAUUGAUGGACCCAAUGAUGAAUCUACUAUACACUGGGCUUUGCCACAGUACCAUUUUGAUGAGGAUGCUGGAGAUGUAGAGCUGGAAGUCCUCCGAUCAGGGUCUGACCUCUUCCACACAUCUGUCGUAUGGUGUGCCACCCGCCUCUCAGAACCACCAUCUGCCACCCCUGGGGAGGACUAUAUACCCAGCUCCACUCAGAUUACUUUUAGUCCAGGGCAGUCUUCACAGAACUGUCACCUGACCUUGUUGGAUGACAAUAUACAACCAAGGCUGGAGGGGAAUGAAACAUUUAUCGUCUGGUUGAGUACUCCGGUAGGAAGUUCUCUGGGAAUUCCCCACACUAGCACAGUCACCAUUUAUGAUGGCCAUCUGGACAUUCCUACCAUGGAGUUUACUUACACUGAAAUGGUUGUGAAAGAGAGUGAUAAAAUGGUUCAGGUGCCCAUUAGAAGACGUGGAGAUGCCACCCAGAACUCUUCUGUCAUCUGCUACACUCGACAAAAUACUGCAGCAGUUAUGAUGGACUUCGAUGAAAGAUUGCUUACAGAAGCCUCAAGAAUAACAUUUCUACCUGGAGAACAGGUGAAAAACUGCUGUGUGGGGAUUGUGGAUGACAGUGAAAAUGAACCAGUGGAAUUUUUCUAUGUAUGGUUGACCCAACCCAAAGGCAGUGGGAAAACUAAAGCAGCUGUUGGGAAUCAGGUCAAGGUCAAGGUGACCAUCAUUAACCAGGAGGAUGCUCCAACAAUCGAGUUUGAGCAGGACGAGUUCACUGCUCAUGAGCCCAUUUCUGGAGAGCAUCCAGUGAUUAUGAGCCUGAAAGUAAUCAGAAACGGAGACGUGAAUAAUACCUCCAGGGUGCGCUGUAGUACGAGAGACGGGUCAGCCGUGUCGGGCAAGGACUACAGUGCUAAAAGUCAGAUAUUAACUUUCUCUCCAGGACAAAGAUUCGUAAUUUUCCCAGUGGAAAUCCUCCAUAAUGACGAUAUUGAGUGGCAUGAGUCAUUUCGAGUCAUACUAGGCCCGGAGGAUCCAACAGGAGCAGGCCUUGGAGAUCGUGCCCUGGCCACAGUGACCAUAUUGGACGACGGAGUUUCUGGUAGUCUGGUCUUCCCAGCUUCACCCAUGGUGGUGUCUCUGCUACACCUGGAUAAUAUACCAAAAGACUACAGGGAAGAUCCAUCCCCAGGCUACCCCCUUGUCUGUGUGUCUCCAUGUGAUGUACAGUAUCCAUCCUACAGUAUUACUCGCUCUUUGUGUGAACAAUCAGGAAUUAACCAAUCAUCUGUUUCCUAUCAUUGGGAGGUUGCCAUGCCAACUCAUGACCAUAGCAUUAGACCUCCCUUUGUCAUGGUAACAGACAACACUCCCUUUACAAGUGUUGACUCCAAGGUUCUUGACAGUAUCUACUUCCGUCCAUCAUUUCGUGUUCGUUGUAUCAUUCAGCCUUUACAUUCUAACGGAAAUCCCGGUAUUCCCUCCAAGAGUCAUGAAGUCAGCAUCGGCCAUGACAGUGGUAUCUGUAAUUCUCCUGUUUUCAGGGGAACACCAAACAGUUACAGUGCACAAUCAUUCCUUGCCAGUUUGAAUUAUGUUGGACCUGGUGAUGAUAGUCAUCCCAACACUGUCCAUGUUUCCAUCAAAGUCCCACAUCAGGAUGGCCAUCUUCCACUUAUAUCCACUUACCCUAUACACAACCUCCGCUAUCUGCUCGCGGAGCCUGUGUACAGACAGCAGCAUCUGUGUUCCAACCUUAUAAGUCCCAGUGAGCGUUCAGGGAUUGUAGACUCAGGAUUUCUGGACAGUGCAUCGCCAGAUCAGUUGUCGUACCAUUUUCCUCAUCAGUUUGAUCCUCGUUUUAGAGAGAAUAAGACUUUAACUCUGUAUCGCCAUCUGAACAUGAAGUCUUGCAUGUGGAAAUUUGAUGCGUGGUAUCACAUGACUGAUUUAGUGGAUGUUUGUGGUGGAAAAGUGACAUCUGAUUUUCAGGUUAAAGAUGCUGGGAGGACCUACCUCACUGUGACUGUCCCCCUCUAUGUGUAUUACGUAUAUGCCACGGCCCCUAUAGGCUGGGGUUCCCUCCAGCACCACACUCAGAUGGAAUUCUCCUUCUACUACGACACUAUUCUCUGGGACUCAGGACUGGAAACCAAGGGCACCCUCUCAGGAGACCUGCAAGUCCUGAAAAUUCUAGUGGGAAGAGAUGGCAAACUUAUUGUUGAUUUCAAGUCUCGUGCAAGAUUCAGGGGGUUAUAUGUAUUACAACACCACACCUUGCCCAAUGUUGUGAGUAGAGUUAUUCCCCCUAAAGGGAUUCCCCUCCAUAUGGACCUGACUCUGGUAUGGGGUCAGCAAACCUUUGACAGUCCACAGCAAUUGUGGAGGGCUACCAGUGAUUUCAGCUUUAAGGAUUACACUGGCACCUAUGAACUGGAGCUCAUCCCCUGCACCGUCCGUCCUAACCAGAAAUAUACCUUUAACCAGUCCCCAAUACCCUGCACAGCCAAGGCGCCUCAAAGGUUUGAGGUGCCCAUAGCCUUCCAGCAGUCAAACCAUCCCGUUCCUCUUGUGUACUCUCUAGACACAUCAUUUCAAUUAACAAGCAAUCAAAAGGUGUUCGGAAUGGACAUUCAUGAUAAAGAACUGAAAGAGGAGUUGGAAUAUGAUGGAGUCUUUGAUUUAGGUCAGACAGUUUUUGGUCGUGUGUCAUGGAACCCUGAACAAGAUCUCAAGUCGGCAUACAAACUGUCAAUUCAGAAAGUCUACCUCUGCACAGGAAAGAAUGGUUUUGUUCCAAAAUACGAUCCUGAGGGAAAAAUUUUGGGGGAAGGAAAACAAUUUGGAUGUGUUCAACCAAGUUCUAACAUUCAGUUUAGGUUUCUUAUUCUGGAUAGAGGAGAUCAGGAUGCAAUCCAGAGGGAAUUCCAUGGGAUACCGUUUAAUGCUAGGUUUGCCAGUGACCGUGUUAAACACAGGACUCUACAGGAAUUUCCAGGAGUGGAUGGAUUCUCGUUUAGUGUAGACCCUCUGUACAAGGUAACAUCUGGAAACCAGUGGUACCUGCAGGUAAUAUACCAUAUCACAACUUCCAACAGAGAUGGCAGUUUACAUCAUGUAAAACGCUCAGUAGAUCUACAGAGGAGAAAGAGAGACACAAGUUCUGUAGAUGAUAUAGUAAAAUUCAUGGAGAAAAGUGGGAGAAAGAAUGGGACAAAUAUUUGUCGUGUGCCUCUUAUAUCUCAUCAAGCCGACCAAUCAGAGGUCAUCCCAUCAAACAGUUCACCAACCGCAGUGCCUGUUGUUAUCCCAGUGUUAAUUGUGCUUUUGUGUGUUAUUGCUGCUAUUGUGAUAUUUUUUGUGUACCGUAGAAAGAGGAGGAAAAGACGCAAUAAUUCUAGUCAAGAUAACAAACCGUGUACCAUUGACAGUGCAGCUCAAAAUCCCAUAUGCCAAAGACAGAUUAAGCGAAACUCAUUAUCGCUCUCCAGGAUUAACGUGAAUGUCAAAGAAGUCAGAGGCAGCAGUGUUUCACAGAGUGAGAACGAUAGGACAGCCAGCGUGAAACUCCUAGCUUCAAACGUUACUACUCGGGGCAGAGGGCAGAGACUUGCUGGUACUGAAGUGUAACUUAGUGUGUGUAAUCAUUUGACUGUUUCAGUACUUUGAUGUUUCAUUAUGGACAUAAUGUGUCCCCCUAAAAUGUCUUUUACGAAUUCUCCUGAUUUCAAACGGGAAGGUAGAAAUAGUAUUUUGAAUGAAUUACAAAAAUUCAAUGAAUUGGCAGAAGUUUAUUAUAAGAAUCUCCAUCCUCAAACCCAAAGCACAACAACUGUUUGUAACAAAACUUUAUUUGUACUGCAAGAUCAUUCAAGUUGAUCACAUUUUUUUUUAGUAUAGCCUUACAUGCAUUUCUUAUGCAUGUGAUUUGUAUAUGUACACAAAAUGUGAUAAAUACUGAAAGAAAUACUCAUUUGAGCGACACUGACUUUGUAAAUGGUGUGAACGUUGAAUAUCUAGGAUAUGGAUCAUGAUGAGUACAAGUUCAUAUGUGCAAUAUUUUGAUAACAUUAUUGUUAAUGGUAUAAACAUGACUUGUUUAUUUAUGUGAAAUAAAAUUUCCAAUUUUG